AUGGCAAGACUCUGGAUUUGCAUCCUUCCGACGUAUUUGGCGUUUUCACCACCUGGAAAGACGCCCUUCCAUGUCUGGUUUGAAGAGCCCCAGCCGCGGUAUGCACAGAAGUGGUCCUCCUAUUUGGAGGUUUACGAUAGAUACUUGUCGAAGUUCCGGAACAGCUCGUGUAGCUUGCUGGAACUGGGUGUGCAGAGUGGCGGUUCGCAGCUGAUGUGGCGGGACUAUUUAGGUCCCAAGAGCCACAUUUACGGAAUAGACAUUGAACCAGCAGUGACUGAGAUGUCUCAAGCUCGGAUUACCAACUUCAUCGGCGAUGUAGGGGAUCCUGCCUUUUUGACCUCUGUUUGUGAACGGAUUGGACAUGUUGAUGCCAUCGUCGACGACGCCUCUCACGUGAACUGGCAUCAGAAGUUGGCUUUUGAAGUCCUCUAUCCAUGCUUAGAGCCGAACGGUGGGAUAUAUAUUGUGGAGGACAUCGGCACCUCCUACAAGCCUGGCUACGGGGGUGGCUGGCGUUCUGAGGACUCUUUCGUGGAGUUCGCCAAGGCCAAGAUUGAUGAGCUCCAGGCUUUUUGGUCCUGCAGCGGUUCGGUGGUCAGUGACCGCCGCGGGCGUUGUCAGCAGGGAGCACUGGAAGUGCCGAUUUCAUCAUUCACCCGAUCUAGCUCAGCUAUUCACAUUCACGAUGGCUUGAUCGUGUUCGAGAAGCACUACAAGGAACCUGCGAUCUCCCUAGAGACUGGAUUGAAGAGACUGCCCAAGCGUUUCGAAGGCUACAGCGCCUAUCGACCACAUCUGGCGGAUUGGACGCCACCGGAGGGUUCGUGCAAGGUACCGCAGCCUUUCGAGCUGGACAUCAUCCACGAGUCUUUCCGCAGCCGGGCGAACCAAACCUUCUCCGAACACGUGGAGUCCUUCAUGAACCACGUCUCCGCAAUGGGAGCAGCGGAGUUGAGGCAAAAGUGUGGUGAGAUCAUGUCUGUGCUCCAGGAUGGUUUGCAUUGGUCGGCCUUUGGCAUGGAUUUUACCUUGUUGCAGCUGAAACGGCGAAGUGUCAGCGUGGAAUGGAAUGCUUCAACGGAGACGCCUCUGGCACGAUUCCUCCGGUCCACUGAGAGAGAUGUUCGGGAGGUGCUCGACUGGUACUUUGACAAAAGAGGGACCUUCCAUCCGCUAGUCCUGGUCGAUUUGAUCUACCGGAAUCGUUGGCGCCCAACGCCGCAAGCGUUGCGCUUCGCCCGGGCGCGGGAUGCAUUGCAGUUGCAACGCGAAGGCUUCGUGCGCUUUGAGGACUUUGGCUUGGACCUGGCCUGGCUCCAAACUGAGGCCAGCGCUGCCUUCGCUGCUUCCGCGUCGACGUCGCUGGUGCAGGCAAAGCAGGUGAGACUGCAGAGCCUGGAGCCUUUGCUCAAGGAUUAUGGGAUUCUAGAGCUCACCGCCUUCUAUUUGGGCGCUGAUGUGGAAGUCACUGGCUACAAACUGCUGCGUGUGAGGGAAGGCACCACUCGAGCCGAUUACAUCUCCAGCUUUUGGCACCAUGAUAACUGUGGAAGCCGCCUGAAACUCUUCGUCUUUUUGCAAGAUGUGGGAGAAGAUGGCUACUACACAGAAAUUGCCCGAGGAAGUCAAAGCUUGGCGUAUUACUGGUACGGCCCUGCCCACAUGUCGCGCUUCGAUGAUGCUAGUGUUGAGGCGUCCUUCAGCAUUGAAAAAAUCCUCAGCCGACGUGGAGGUGGCUUCCUGUUUGACACCAAUACGAUCCACAGGGCGAAGGUGGAAGGCCCGGGACAGCUGCGGGACGCUGUGAUUGUGGAGCUGGCGAACGCCCACAAGAUGCAUGCGGGGAUCCCGGCCCAAGGACCUUGCCCGGAACCCAAGACCUACAAGGUCUCCCACGUCUCUUUCCCCUUCCCCAGCGGCCGCGGCUUUCGCCAGCGACGCCCGGGGUUUUAG